UCAAUGACUAAGGCAGAGAAAGCAGCUAUAAUGUUUGGAUUAGGAUCUACAGCUCUUUUGGCUAUAUAUUCAAUUGUUAAACCAAGAAUAAGUCAAGGAUCUAAUACUGAAAGUUUAAUUUAAAGAAGAAAUGCUAUUCUCAAUAAAGAUAAUAUGAGAGUGCUAUAUAGUACAAUGACUUUCUUCUAUUUGCAGGGAUAUAAGAGAACAGGAGAAGACUUAGCAUUAUUAAAGGAAGUGUUGGAUGUUGCUAAACCAAAAUUAGUUGCAUUAUAAAUAUCAGAAAAACAAUUAGAAGAUGAAUAUAGACCUAUACUUAGGAAUCCACAUUUACAGGAAAUUAUGAAGAAAGUAGAUUAUUAUCUAAAAACAAAUCCUGAAGAAGUUACAAAGAUGAAAGAACUUGAUUUCUAUGCAGGAUUAGAAAAUAUAUAUGCAAUGCAUUAUUGUUAAUAGAAUAGCUGUAAAGUAUAAUAUGUUGUAAUUCUAGAUAAUACCAGCAGAUGAACAUCCGUCAUUUUAUGAUUAAUUAUAUACUUAGAAAAUUGGAUUAAAAGAAGUCACAAAAAGUGGAAAGGUUGAAAUACCAGAAAACUUGAAAUAAUUAUAUUAAUCAUAUGAUAUGAGUGAUUUAGAAAAGACAGAGGAAGAUAUUAAGGAAGAUAUAUAUAUCAAAAAAAGAGCAGAUGUUUUUGUAGAUAAAAUUGUACAUGAAUUGACUCCAACAUUUAAUAUAAUUCCAGAUGUUCCUUAUAAAGUUUUAGUUGGAAUUGUUGAUCCUAAAUUAUAAAAUAUGAUAGCUAAAGAAUGGAAAUAGAGAUUUCUUAGCAUUUAUGGACAUUAAAUUUUAGAAGAUGAAUAACAUAAUCAAUAAUAAUCAUAGAUUUAAUGAU